GGCUGGGGAUGAGGGGGAAGGGCGGCCGGCAGCCCUGGCAGCCCGCGCCGGGGAAGGGGGCCCGGCUCACCGGCGGCACAGCCGGCCUUGGCCCGGCUCCCCGCCGGGGAAAGCAGACGCUCGACAUGCAAAUCGCCGCUUGGAAAGCGCCGGGGAGCCCUGAGCGCCCACGGCUGCCAAACCCCAGCGCCGGCGCGGGAUUUUUCUUGAAAGCGGUUUUUUCCCUCCCCAAAUCUCCACAGCCCCUUGGAUUGACGGGAUGCCCAGGCACACGCAUCGUCCGUCCACCCGCCGCAGGGACCCCCAAAAUAAGCCCUUGGCCAAGGAGCGGGGCUGAAAACCCCGGGGAAGGAGCUCCCAAACCUCCAGCUCCUGAGUCUGUUUUCAGCAGGGGGGGGGUCCAGAUGUGUCCCCCAUGGCGGUGAUUCAGACAUCCCGGCAUUUCUCAUCCCCCAUCCUGCCCUUGGGAUAUUUCAGAGCUCGGUCCUUGCAAUUCCCCCCGGGAGCAUGCAGUCGGGGUGGGUGGGAAGCCCAGCCUGCCUUUUGGGGGGAGGUGUCUUUAUAGUUUUUAUUUUUUUAGGGUUUGGGGUUGCUUUUCUGAGCCAGGCUCUGGGGGCAUCUCAAGCAGAGACUCCUCCAGCUGCAUCCCGGCCCGCGCUGCUCCUCCAUCGCUGCUGUCAGGAUGAGAGCGGUGGGGCUCUUCUUGCUCUGUCUGCCAGCAGCGCUCCUGGUCCAGGGACAGUACAGCAGGUUUGAAGGCAUCACCUACCCCGAGCCGGUACAAUAUUCCCAGUAUGACCAGCAAGCAGAAAUUCAGGAUUACUACGACUAUCACGAUGUCACCCCCCGUGCCCCCGAGGAGCAGUUUCGGUACCAGUCCCAGCAGCAAUCCCAGCAGGAGAUCGUGCCGGCCCCGACCCCAGCUGCUGCCCCCGAGACUGAGCCCACGGAGCCCGGACCCCUCGACUGCCGGGAGGAGCAAUACCCCUGCACCAGGCUCUACUCCGUGCACAAGCCCUGCAAGCAGUGCCUGAACGAGAUCUGCUUUUACAGCCUCCGCCGGGUUUACGUGAUCAACAAGGAGAUCUGCGUCCGCACCGUGUGCGCCCACGAAGAGCUCCUGAGAGCCGAUCUCUGCCGCGACAAGUUUUCCAAGUGCGGGGUGAUGGCCACCAGCGGGCUCUGCCAAACCGUGGUCGCAUCCUGCGCCCGCAGCUGCGGUGGGUGCUGAGCUCGAGGGGACCCCCCUUCGCCGGCCGCAUCCCGGGAUCCCAACCCCUGCCCGUCCUCCUCUCCCGGGUACCCGUCCCGCUCCGGAUCCUCACCGUGGUGCUAAAGAAACUGUGCAUGAAAGAGCAUAAAAAAAAAAAAGUCCAUUUUUUGUGCACAUAAUAAUUAAAAAAAAAAGGGGGGGGGUGUUUAUUAUUUUUAUUACUUACUUUAUUAUAUUGUAAAGGGGGGGCGGUGCGAGCCCCCGCCGCCCCGUUUUCUACGUAGAGUAUCCAAGAGAUAAAGCGUAAGGGUC